AUGGACCCAGCAGCACUUAACCUGUCUAAGGAGCUACGGGAGAAUCUCAUCAAUGCCACUCAAGAGCUCAUCAACCUGUGGCUGGACAGCCAGGAUUACAAGUCCCAGCGCGCUAUAGAGAGGCGGCUACAGCGUCUGGUGACCGGUCUCCCAUGGCUUCUGGGCUCGCUAUAUCCAUGGGAGCAGGAAUUUCUCCUUUUGGAUCUCGGACUUCAUCACCCGUCUACGUUCACUUUCGAGCAGCCAGAUGCGGGAGACAAACUGUUUCAAAAUGGACCUGUUCCUCUAAAGCUGACAACAUUAGAGACUGUUACUCACUCCAGGGCUUCCCCAGAGGCUGGGUUACAACCCUCAGCUAACUCUGGACCCCUGGAGGCCAAGUUGCCAGCUGUGGACUGCACCCGGCUGUCACUGCCUGAGCAGGGUCAGGGCUCUGUGCAGCUACAGCCCUCCUCGUGUGUGCCAGAGGCCCACGUGCCUACUGGUUUUGUUUUGCGUAUGCCAGGGGCUUUCAUGCCCACUGGUUUUGAGCCUAUUUUCGCUGGGGGGACCGAGGAGCCCAUCCAGCUAUCGCCAUUGCCUUCAGCGCCACCGUCUCCGGCUCCCACGCCGCCGCCUGCAGCGCCACCAUCUCCGGCUCUCAAGCCGCCGCCUGCAGCGCCUCCCGCCUUCGUCUCAGGCAUCCUCACUAGCUGCAGCCUCUUCGUCUUCACCAGCAGCUGCAGCGGCUCCAUCACCGCCUGCACCAGCGGCUGCAGCAGCUCCAUCACCGCCUGCACCAGCAUCCGCGGCUCCUACGCCGUCGCCUUUUUUGCUUCUGUCUCCGUGCCUUCGCCUGGGCCAGCUUCAGAGCCUUCAGCAUCACCUGCUUCAGCUUCAGCCUCACCUUCGUCCUCGUCUGGCCCAGCCUCCUCGUCUGCGUCCUCGUCUGGCCCAGCCUCCUCGUCUGCGUCCUCGUCUGGCCCAGCCUCCUCGUCUGCGUCCUCGUCUGGCCCAGCCUCCUCGUCUGCGUCCUCGUCUGGCCCAGCCUCCUCGUCUGCGUCCUCGUCUGGCCCAGCCUCCUCAUCGGCUUCAGCCUCGCCUGCAGCAGCGGCUUCGUCGUCAUCAUCAGCACCUGCCGCAGCCUCUCCUGGCCCGGCCUCUGCAUCAGCUCCAGCCUCGCCUGGUUCGGCUUCAGCAGCAGCUUCUGCCUCAUCCUUCUCCUCGUCCUUGCCUGGUUCUGCUGGCACGUCGCCAUCCGGUCCACGUCCGGCAUCUCAUUUUCACUGGCCGUUUUCUAGGCCGCUGGAUGGUCGUCAUCGCCGAUGUGGGCGUCCUCCUGAACGAGGUUGUCGCCGCCACCGCCUUCCACGUGGCCGGCCUCCGGACCUCUGUGGCCGCCACCGCCUUUCGCGUGGACGGCCUCCUGAACUGUUUGCGCGCCACCAUGGCCUUCUGCACUAUCGGCCUCCAGGCCGGCCACCUGAACUAUGUUUCAAUAUCUGCUCCCCUGUGUGUUUUGUGAACGUUUUGUUUGGGACUCUGCGGCCUCCGUUUUGGUCCUGGUCUGGACCCUCCGUCCUGGGCCUCCCACCGCCCGCCCGGGCUUGGCGGUUCGUUUGUGUUUUGGGGCUGUCGGGAGCCAGCCCUUGAAGGGGGGGUACUGUCAUGGUCCUGGGUCAGUGACCCAGCGCUUUAAGUUUAUUGUUAUCAUUCUUCUAGUUUAUUCUGAUUUUGUAUCUGUUCUUAGGGUUUGAGUUGUGUGUUUCUUUCAUUCCUACCUGUGUCUCCCCUUUGUGUUCUGUUCAUGUCCCCAGUUGGUUGUGUAAAACAGUCUGUGAGUUUCCUGUUUUACUUUGUAGGUUUGUGUCUCGUUAGGUCCAUCAUUUCCAGCUGUGUCCCCUCCUGUCUGCCAUUUCCUAAUUACCUGGUGUGUGUAUUUAUACUGCGUGUCUGCCUGUGCUCCUCGUCGCGUCGUCUGUGUUCAUUCCCUAUGUUUCUCUACGUCUCCCUGUUCUGCUGUCCUCAUCUGCCAUCUCUGAGUUUCUCCCGCUGACCUUAUGUUCCAGGUUUGUUUGUUAGUUUCACCCAGUUUAGGUUUAUGUUCAGUCCUGCCCUCACUUCUGUUAUCUUCACUGUAAAUAAACCUCCACUCGCAUCUCCA